GGCCAAGUUUCACAGCCUCUUUGGCUGCCCACAUUUCUAGGCAGUAGGCACACCUCAAUCAAUUUCCAAACAAACAAACAUUCCUAAAAACCCCAAAUCACCCUCUCCCCUCUCUAACAAAAAUGAACCUCCUUUCUUCUUCCUUUCUCAUCACUUUUCUUCUUUUCCAACGCCUCACUUUCUCUUCUCCUUCACACACCACCUCUGAGCUUUUCGACACCUGGUGCAAACAACAUGGCAAAACUUACUCUUCAGAAGCUGAAAAGCUGUUCAGGUUCAGGGUCUUUGAGGACAACUUUGACUUUGUUAAGCAGCACAAUGAUAUGGGCAAUUCUUCUUAUGCACUGUCUCUCAAUGCCUUUGCUGAUCUCACCCACCACGAGUUCAAGGCCUCUCGCUUGGGAUUCUCUCCUGCUUCUUCCAUGAAACUCAAUCAUGGGAAGGUUCAGGACCCGGGUUUUGUUCGUGAUAUUCCUUCAGAGAUGGAUUGGAGGAAGGAAGGAGCUGUGACCCAGGUCAAAGAUCAAGGGAGUUGUGGUGCUUGCUGGUCAUUCUCAGCUACUGGAGCUAUUGAAGGUAUUAAUAAGAUUGUCACCGGAUCUCUUGAAAGCCUCUCAGAACAGGAGUUAGUUGAUUGUGACAAAUCUUAUAAUAGUGGCUGUGAAGGUGGGCUCAUGGACUAUGCAUAUCAAUUUGUCAUUGAUAACCAUGGCCUUGAUACUGAGGAUGAUUAUCCCUAUCAAGGUCGGGAAAGGUCCUGCAAAAAGGACAAGUUAAAAAGGCGUGUUGUGACAAUUGAUGGUUACACUGAUGUGCCAUCAACUAAUGAGAAACUGUUACUACAAGCUGUGGCAACACAACCUGUGAGUGUAGGUAUAUGUGGCAGUGAGAGAGAAUUUCAGAUGUACUCAAAGGGGAUUUUCACUGGCCCAUGUUCAACUUCUUUGGAUCAUGCUGUAUUGAUUGUAGGGUAUGGUUCAGAAAAUGGAGUAGACUAUUGGAUUGUGAAAAACUCAUGGGGAACACGUUGGGGAAUGAAUGGCUAUAUUCACAUGCUGAGGAACAGUGAGAAUUCACAAGGGCUAUGUGGCAUCAACAUGCUAGCUUCAUAUCCAACCAAAACGAGCCCAAAUCCUCCUCCUCCACCUUCCCCAGGUCCCACCAAAUGUGACAUUUUCACUUUCUGUGGAGAAAGUGAAACCUGCUGUUGUGCAAGGCACCUUCUUGGAAUCUGCAUUUCCUGGAAAUGUUGCGAGCUUAAUUCAGCUGUUUGUUGCAAGGACCACACUCACUGUUGCCCCCAUGAUUAUCCCGUUUGUGAUACAAAGAGGAGUCAAUGCCUCAAGCGAGCUGGGAAUGUUACAAGAAUGGAAGCUGUUGAGAGCAGACGGUCUUCGGCGAAGUCGGGUGGUUGGAGUUCCUUUUGAGGACUGGGUCCUGAAAAACUUCUUCAGUAUGUACCAGUGAGUAAUUUUUUUGCCAAACUGUUGCAUGAGUUGUGCAUUUCCCCACGCAAGGAUGAAAAUUAGCUUAUCUUGGAAAGAUAUGGUCUUGUGUAAACAUGAUACUAGGUGUGUUUGAAUACCUCUUAUUUUACUAAAAUUGAAAAAUUAUUACUGAAA